AUGAACAUCUAUUCUUCACUCCUAUCAUUUUUACUAUUCAAUCUCUUGGAUGCCUACAAGGUCCUCGUAUUUAACCCAGCCUUUGGUGCUAGUCAUUCCAAUUUUCUCGGAAAAAUUUCUGAUAUUCUCAUUGAUGCAGGUCACGAUGUGACAAUGCUGAUUCCCAUCUCCAUGCAAAGUAAAAAACACCUAGUUGGUUCGAAAAAGGUCAAGAAAAUCAUUAAAAUCGAACAAGAUCCUCGUAGUAUCGAGCUCUAUCGAGAAUCUGGUCAUGAAGAUGUUCUAAGAAAACAAGUUUGGAAAGUUGAUUUGGAUAUUUUCAAGUUUUUCGAUAUGGCAGCGAAUUUCAGCAAAAAUUGUGGGUAUCAAUGUGAACAAGUUUUUAAACAAACUGAAAUUCUCAAGAAUUUGAAAAAAGAGAAGUAUGAUUUGGGAAUCACCGAGUCUUUAUUCAUUUGUGGAUAUCCUCUAUUCGACCACAUUGGUAUUAAAACCGUCAUAAAUGCAGAUUCAGUUCUAUUCAUGGAUAUUAUGAAAAAUGCUCUCGGCGAACCAUCAUUCCCAUCAUUCUAUCCAGCACUCAUCUCACCAAAGACUGAUAAGAUGACUAUGCUGGAAAUAAUCGGAAACACUCUUCAAAUGAUAUUGCCCGCCUAUUUUUCCAAGAUGCGAUUUGAAGAAGAAUUGAAAAUGAUUGAACCAUAUUACAACGGAACAAAAACAUGGAGAAAACAUUUGGAAGGAGUUGCAUUCAAUAUGGUCAACUCGAAUCGAUAUCUCGAUUAUGCGAGCCCAACUUUGCCCAAAACAGUGUUCAUUGGAGGAAUGCAAGUGAAUACAAAUAAAAAUGGAAAGGUUAAAUUGUAUGAAGAUUGGGAUGAUCUUUUGAAUCAAAGAAAACAAAAUGUGUUAGUUUCAUUUGGAUCGAAUGCAUUCUCUUCGGAUAUGCCUGAUGAGUUCAAAAAAACUUUUUUGGAAGUUUUUGCAUCGACGCCAGAUGUGACCUUCAUUUGGAAAUAUGAGGAAGCAAAUGCGACGUUGGCAAGUCAUCUGAAAAAUGUUAAACUGACCACUUGGAUGCCUCAGAAUGAUUUAUUGGCUGAUCCUCGACUUACCCUUUUCGUCACUCACGGAGGUCUCGGAAGCUCAAUAGAACUUGCGCAUCAAGGCAAACCGGCAAUUGUUAUCCCACUAAUGGCUGACCAGCCCCGUAACGCCCAUAUGCUAACCAGACAUGGUGGAGCGUUACAACUUGGAAAGAGUGAUCUCAAUGAUCUUGAAAUUAUUCGAAACGCGAUUCGAGACGUUCUGGAAAACAAAGUCUAUCAGGAAAAUGCAGAAAGAUUGGCGAAAAUCUUGAAGUAUCAACCGUACAGUCCAGCCGAUGUUGUUUUGAAGCAUUGUGAUUUCGCUGUGAAAUUUGGACCGUUGGAUACUUUGCAAUCAGAAGGGAGACAUCUAAAUUUGUUCCAGUUUUACUCCUAUGACAUUUUUGUUGUACUAUUUCUGAUUGUAUUAUCCAUCAUAGUUAUUAUUGUGUUGAUUUUUACCGUUUGCUUGAGAUUCUUCAGAAAGUUUUCCAGUAACAAGGUCAAAAAGGAGUGA